UAGUAUGAAUCAUGUUAUACGAAGCGGUUAAGAGCAGCAGCGACAACUAUAUUAUGAGCCCCCUUCGUUCAACCGAAUCUCUGCUCUAGCCCGAGUCGUUGUUAACUAGUAACAGGAAGCGCAUAAACAUUUUCUAGAAAAUUCGAAUCUCCUUAUAGCCGUGCCCGUCAUAUGGGCGACUUUUACGAGAAGUACCCAGACGUACUAAUUGGUUAGUAACAGGUUUUUUCGAGGGCCACUUUUUAAAUAAAGCCCACGUCGUUCGAUCUACGCACACGUAUUUGCGUGACUGGGUUUUACGAGGGAGCGGCUUUAGAGCCGGUGGCAUCAGCAUCAGCAGGCAGCAUCAGCAGCAGUAGCAGCAGUAACGGCAGCUGUUGCUGGCAUGACGGAUGAACAAGCUGAGUCCAGUUCUACAGGAUGUUGCCGGACUCAAGAGGCCUUAUUCUACUUCUGUCGCUGUUUACAAUCCUGGAACGGAGCGCCGAAAUCGUAGUCGCUGCAAGAUACAAGAGACACGUCUCCUUUCGCAAGGGUAGCACCUUCUUCUAUCGGCUCAACUACAAAGUGAAUAGCUUACCUCACACGACGAUCUUCGCUCAAGCGAGUGGCUUCAAAGUUGCUUGGCAACUCCCGACAGGUCAGCAAUCCGGAAAAGCCAGGCAGGUGUCACUUGACGAUCUCCAUGAAGGCGCGAGUCUCGUGUAUGAGAGUCAUGGAUUCAACGGUAAAAUGUGUCUUUUGAAGAGUCUCUGCCAGGCUACGGAGUACAUAAAAGAGAGAGACGGAGUACUAAUGAAAAUACUCAAUUUACUAUCUGGGUCGUACGGUGGCAACGGUACGUCAAUUCUAGAUCCACUAGUAUGCAGAAAUUACGCCAAUCAUUGCCCGCUGCAUUUGAUUAGGUUCAAUGCAUUUACGGAGCAUUGAAAAGCCUCGAGUAUGACUUCUGGCGAUAAUAAUCAUCGAUCGGUACUUAGCUGUCAACGAUGGACAUAAGAACGCUUGUUCAGUAAUCCCGAAAAACAUCUUGUCGCUCAACGUCAGUGUCCAAUGGCCUCCUCGACAAGUGCUUCGAGCUUCCGUCAAAAUGAAAAUA